AUGCGGACGGCGCUGGCUGCGGCCCUCGACAUGAAGGUUGCCACCUGGCGGGCGGUGUUCAUGGAGCUCAUGGAAGACCUGGAGCUGCCGAGGCAGCCAUGGUGGAGGCCCCUCGACAUCAAGCUGGACGACCGGAUCCUGAACAGCGGCGUGCUCGUGCUCGAUCUGAACCGCUGGAGGGCGGAGAACAGGACUGGCAGGUGCGAGGAGUGGGUGAGGCGCGUGAGCGGCGUCAAGGUGGCCUCGCUCGCGCUCAACCUGGAGUUCGGCCGCCACUUCGACGUGCUCGACUGGCGCUGGAACGUCAUGGGGCUCAUGGUCACCCCGCCCGACCAAUGCCUCGGGCAGGCGCGGAUCCUGCACUGGGCGGAGGCGAAGAAGCCGUGGAGCAAGCAGGCCCUGGAUUUGCCGAUGCGGAUGCAGGCAUUCUACAGGAACUUGACCAGCCCCUACGAGCCGCAGGGGGCGUGCAGCUGGCGCGACGAGAUGCUGGACUCGGACGCGGACAUCUCGCUCUAG